UAUACUAGUAAAUCUGAUAUUUGGGGCUUUGGUAUAUUGUUGUGGGAGUUAUUUUCUAGCGGAAGUGAACCUUAUGCCGAAAUUUCAGGAGACUCAAUAUUAGGUGUGAUCGAAGGCGGUUUGCGGUUAGACUGCCCGGAGAAUUGCUCCCCUAAUGUGUAUCAUAUUAUGAAAGACUGUUGGAAUGCUUUACCGAAAGAUAGGCCGACGUUUGUAAGAAUAAAAGAGUUGUUAUUAAAUUUAAAGACGAAGAUAAUGCAGGGCCAACAUAAUGAUAUUCCUGAAUUUCAACCAGUUGUUAAUGAUAAUGAAGUUACUAUCUAA